AUGAAGCGAUCUGCCACCGCCAAAGCUCGUCCCAAACUUCCAGAUUACUGCGAUGUUGAGCCACGGCGCGAUGAGUCCGGAAAACCCAUCUGGCCUGCUCCGGAGGCUGCUAUGGAGGAGGCAAGAGCCUUCAUAAAGGAAUGUGCAGCAAGUGGCAAGAAAGCACUCAUUGUUCCCGACAAAGACGCCGACGGCCUCUCAUCAGGUGUCAUCCUAUAUCGAACGUUGACGGACCUCGGCCUUGAUCCAUCCUUGAUCGAUGUCCACCUGGUUCAGAAGGGUUCCACCAUCCAUGCCCAGUCGGAGCGUGAAGCCAUGGCUGCGAAAGAUCCGGCAUAUGUCGUUGUCCUCGAUCAGGGAUCAAUAGCAGCACCACCCGUGGUUGAUCUACACUACACGAAAUCUCUGAUUAUUGACCACCAUUUGAGUGAUCAUUUCCCUGAAGGUGCUCAGGUGGUCUCAGCCUGCCAUUAUCCGCCGGUCGCAACAUCGUCUCUCCUCACUUACGAGAUCUGCAAGAUUCUGGCACCCAACAUAGCUUCCUCCUGUGCCUAUCUCGCUUGUAUCGGCACACAUGGUGAUCUUGGAAAUACCUUGAAGUGGUCUCCUCCGUUCCCAGACAUGAAAGAGGCAUUCAAAUUGUUCACCAAAAAAUCUAUCAAUGAUGCAACCUCGCUUGUCAACGCACCCAGGCGAACCGCGAAAUAUGACGUUAUCACUGCAUGGACAGCUCUUCUUGCAUCAAAGGAUCCCAAAGACCUGUUAAGCAAUGGACGACUCCAGAGCGCACGUGCCGAGAUCAAUACGGAGGUAGAGUUGAACACACAUACACCUCCAAAAUUCAGCCCCGAUGGACGAAUCGCUGUCCUGCGGAUCAACACACCUGCGCAGGUGCAUCCAGUCAUUGCCACUCGGUGGGCCGGAUAUCUGAACUCCAAAGCUUUGGAAAUAGUCCUUUGCGCAAAUUCAGGUUAUCUCCCUGGGAUGGUCAACUUCUCUUGUCGUAUCGCCCGAUGCGCAAGGUCAAGAGAUCCACCUGUCAAUAUCAUUGACAGCUUGAGAGCUGCUGCAGAUCUGUCAUCCGACGGCCUCAGAGCUAGGCUUGGAGAGAGCUUCGCUAGAGGCCACAAAGAAGCCAGCGGUGGGAUUGUGCCUGCUGAAGCCUUCGAGGAGCUGAUGGCCCUGCUUAAAAUUGGUGAAAGGCCGCAGAAGAACGGUGAUGAUGCGGAUGAGCCGAAAGCAAAGAAGGUCAAGACCGUCGAAAAGAGUCCACAGAAAAACACGCUUGCGAACUAUUUCCGGAAGCCAUGA